CGAGGAAACCAAAAUGAGGAGAACUUAAUGGACGGUUUUAGUUUUUGAAAUGAUGAGGAGCGAUAAGUUGCUUUGUUGAAGUCUUCAAUCGGAGUUGGAGUUAUACGUAACUGAAAGGGGUAUAAUUAAAUGCAUAAAUAUUGAAAGUGUCCAUAUGGGAAGCUUUAUAAGGAUCAAGACCCUGCAGCCACAUUUUCUGGGUAUCCAAGAUCUAUUUUAGUCACUGUUCGUACAGUAUUUAUUAUUGUUAAUGCAAGAUGGGACAACAAACUGAGUAAGGAGAUGUGCACGCGUAAGGAAAGUGUCACGUGAAUGUGUUCCUUAACUUUCCGAUUAACGGUUUGUCUGGAAGUGAUACACCUCCAGCAUCUGAUUUGUGUGCUUUGAGGGUUACGGCUAUGGAGUUAUUGAGGAAUAUCUCGAAAAUGUUUUUACUGCGUGCCCUGAAAAGAUUACCGCCUCGGAAAAGCUGUUUCUCAGUAGCAGGUACACAGAUACCAAGAUUAUUGUGUUUUCGUCCAAAGCUGCCUCUGAAGAGUAGAAACGUUUCUAAUAAUUUCGAGAAAAAUAAUUCUCAUGGAAAUAUAUCAAGCCAUGGCUUUCGGUAUUUUACCACAAACAAAUGUUAUUCAAAUAAUAGAAAAAGUAUCAACAGCAGAAAGCCUUCAAGAAAUGGAAAACAAAGUGUGGAGGAUGAUGAGAUCACAUCAGACGAUGAACAUGAAUACGAAUUAGCAGAUGCUGAAUUAGAAGAGAUAUUUAAAGAACGACUAUAUCCUGUUCCUGAAGGAGGUCAUAGGGUAUUUAUUGUGCAUCCAAAUGUAAAAUGGGGAAAAAAGAAACCGCAUCUCACAACAGGUGAACUUCAGAUGGAUGAAGCAGUUGCUCUUGUGAACACCCUGCCCAACUGGCACGUUGUUGAUAAGGUUAUUCUUUCUACAAAAACUCCAGACAGCAAAUUCAUUUUUGGCAAAGGCAAUUUUCAAUUGCUUACAGAAAAAUUAAAAGGGCUGCCACAAGUUACUGCAGUGUUUAUGAAUGUUGAGCGACUGUCUGCAUCAUCAGAGAAAGUGUUGGAAUCUGCCUGGGGUGUUAAAGUGUUCGAUAGAUACUCUGUCGUCCUUCACAUCUUCCGUUUCAAUGCCCGAACUAAAGAAGCUAAACUGCAGAUAGCGUUGGCUGAGAUUCCGUAUUUGAGGUCUCAGCUGAAAAAUGAAUUAGCUCACUUAGACCAACAAGGUGGUGGAUCCAGGUACAUAAUGGGAUCAGGUGAGACCUUCAUGGAAGUUCAACAACGCCUCCUUAAAGAAAGGGAAUUGAAGAUUAGAGGGGUGCUAGAAAAACUAAGGAAGAAACGACAGUUGCUGAGGACUAAGCGUAAGCGCAGAGAGUUCCCAGUUAUUUCUGUCAUGGGUUACACAAAUUGUGGCAAAACGACCCUAAUCAAAGCUCUGACUGGAGACUCAGGCCUUCACCCGAGAGAUCAGUUGUUUGCUACCCUUGAUGUUACCACCCAUGCCGGCUUGAUGCCAAGCCGCCUGAUUGUUCUUUAUGUCGAUACAAUUGGAUUUCUUUCACAGCUUCCCCACAACCUAAUUGAAUCCUUCUCAGCAACUCUAGAGGAUGUGGCCUAUUCAGAUGUAAUCGUUCAUGUCAGAGACAUCAGUCAUCCUGAAAGCACGAACCAAAAAGUCAACGUUUUGAAUGUUCUCCAGAAUCUCCAACUCCCAAACCAACUCUUGGAUUCCAUUAUUGAAGUCCACAAUAAAAUUGAUCUCGUAGAAGGAUACCAACCCACAGACCCAAACACUGUUGCAGUUUCAGCGCUACAUGGGCUUGGCAUGGAAGAACUGAAAAAGAAAAUCGAAGAGGCAGUUCUACAAGCAACAGGAAGACUGAUCCGCACUAUUCAAGUAGAAUUGGCUGGGCCUCAACUGAGCUGGUUGUAUAAGGAAGCCACUGUGCAGGGAGUAGACGUUUUGCCAGAAGAUGGUUUGGCUAAUGUGAGAGUGAUCAUCAGCAGCUCCGCUUAUGGGAAAUACAAGAAGCUGUUCCAACCAUGAGGGAAAAGAAAUGAAUUUCCAAUGUAGAGAAUUUUACCAUUUUUCUCCACGAAAGAAGUUAUUUGUGAAUAGCAUCUCUGAUGUGCAUCUCCAAAAGGAUUCACUGCCAAAGAAUUACUUUGAAGUGCAGAAAUCAUCAUCCUGUAGGCAAACUUAAGUGGUUUGCACACAAACAAAGCCCCUGCAACAGGAAUGAGAUAAACAAUGAGCCAGUUCUUUCAGUGGUUUCCCUUCCAGGAAGAUUAUUGACUAUGAUACUGGAAGAAUUCCCCACUUUUUUCCAUGGAAUUUUUCAUCAAUGGGACAAACAGAUAGGAACUCGGUUUGUCUCAUUCCAAGGAUGAAGCUUGUUUUUAAAAUAAAUUCAGAAUGGAGUAGCAUUAUGGUGAAGUCAAAGAGAUUGUGAUGGUGUUGCACAACAGUACUGAUAUAACAUCUCUAAAGUUUAAGUACUUAAAUAAAGUAAAAGCUUAAUAAAAUGA